UCGUAAUGUCCACGUUACGCAGAUGAACAGCUCAACUGUUAAGGUCACUUGGCAGCCUCCUGAUGAUGAGUCUGCUGAAGUAUUUGGAUAUAAUGUUUAUAAGUUCCAAAUUGUGAAUGAAGCUUUUGUUAAUAAUCUACGCAGGGCUAUAGCUAUUGUUGAUCGACAUAAGCUCUACGCUCAUUUAAACGACUUGGAGCCUAACACAGAAUAUGCCAUUCGGGUAGCUGCUUUCAACAUGAAAGGGGACGGAGAGCUUUCACAAUUAACCAAGCAGAGUAGAAUAUUAACUGGAGGAAAACCUCCUUCCCCACCUCGUCCACAGUCAAUUUCACUCGUUUCUGAGCUUAAACCGAUCAAGGCUAGAGUUGAAUGGCUUCCUCCAAAUAAUACGUACAAUCUGCCUCUAAAAAAUUAUAUUUUGUGGUGGAAGUCAACGCAGAGUGACAUGGUUCAUAAGGCUCAAGUACCUCCAAAUGAAUUGUCUUUCAUUCUCAAUAAUUUAUAUAAUGGCCAAGAAUACCAGCUAUAUAUUGCAGCUGUGAACGAAGUCGGCGCUAGCGAGAAUGCCACUGAACAAUUAAUUACACCUACUGGAAUACCCGAUGCUGAACCCUUAAAUAUUCGCUAUACAAUAUUCAGAAACAAGCUUUCAAUACUUUGGGAUCCUCCUCCUUGGCCUAAUCGGAAUGGAAAUAUAACUCAUUAUGAGGUUGAUCUGAUUCAGCUUAACAGUGCUACAGCUAAUUCCAUUAAAAGAAAUGUUAGUUAA